GUGUCUGUCUGUGUGUGUCGGUUGUGUCGGUGCUGUUGACAGAGACCGGACUGCGUCAACACCUCUUCCGGUUGUGUAUUUUCAAAGUAAAGGUCUGAUGUCUCUCUGUGCUGUGUUUGCGGAAGUGCGACUGAUAAAUAAAGACAAGAGAAGAAGAGAGAGACGUCACGUCCCGACACCUCCACACCUCUACACCUCCACACUCUACACCUCUACAGCUCUACACAACAUUACUCAUGGACGUGGUCACGGACACGGAGAGCAGUCCGGUGGACGUGGACACGGAGAGCACGGCCGCAGAGCCUGGUGGAGUGAGGGCCGUGUGGCCCGCGGGCCUGCUGGGGGCCCUGCUGGGGGCCCUGGGGGCCGCCGGGGGGCCGUGUCCGCCGUGGGCUGUGUGUGCGCACUCAUCUACCCCAUACUCACAGAGCUGAGGGCGGAGAGGGUGAUGGGAGAGGAUCGGACUGAAGAGAGGCUGCUGGGUUUCUGGAGUAUCCUGGUGCUGUCAGUGUUAGUAGGAUGUAUCUGCUGUGUCUUCUCAUGGACCAUCACCUACCUUGACUCCUAUCAGCCCGCCAGGUUGUUGGGAUCACCGCCGCCGACACUGGACCACAUGAGAGACGGAUGGAUGGACCAUGGCUUCCACAUGGGUUAUGGUGUUGCUGUAAUGAAUGGCAUCAUGGCCAUGCUCACCGUCACCUGGAGCCUCACCUGACGCUCUCAGUAGAAGGGCCCCGAGUGGUACAAAAGGAGUCCAGUGUGUUGUGGGAUUCUCUCAGAGAAGCACGCUUUACUGUAGGUUUCAGUAGUCUGCCUACUCAAAUCUACGUUUCUACCUUUUUUAUGCACAUAAUUACACUGACGCUGUUAUCGCUGCCAUAAUGGAUCUGCCACUGAAUAUACGACUGGGUGGGAACAAGCUCCGCCUACACUCUUGAGUUCUGCUGUAAGCGAUAAAGAAUGUGCACUCUGCUACAUGUUGGGAGGUCUUUAGUCAUUCUAAGGGGAAUAUUUAUUUUUGGGAAAUAAAGUGAUAUUAACAUCAGAA